AUGGACGGCAAGUGCCUUCAAGUGGAUCUGCGUGACGGGCGCUCCGUCAACGUGGGCAGCUGCACCGGGCAGUCACAUCAGCAGUGGAAGGUGGACGGAGCUCUGAUCCGGUCGCUCCACCACCCGGGCGAGUGCGUCGACAGCGGGGUGCCAGAGCCUCCUCCGGAGACCACCGGCCGAUGUCUGACAGUGCAGGUGGUUGGGCUGCCUGCUGGGUCCGAGGUUGGGCCUGCUUUGGAGCUGUCUGAUGGCGACGCGUGCGAUCCAAGUGCACCAGCCGCUUAUCCAGUCCGGUUCGAGGGGGAGCAGAUGUACGCAGGAGACCUGUGCCUACGGGCUCUGAGGGGGCGACCGUCGCCUUUUGGGCCCCUGCAGCUUUGGGGCAAGCCUCAGCCAACAGGCAUGGCAGUGCUGCUGCUGAACCGCGGCUCCGACUCUCCGUCCCUGUCAGCCCAAGUGCAGCUGAUCGAGUUGGGGUUUGAACCUUCGCGAAGCUAUCAUGUCAGAGACCUCUGGGCAAGGAGAGACUUGCCACCAGUGUUUCAGGAGAUGACCAUGACGGCGGCCAGCGGCGACAGUCAGCUGCUACUCCUGACACCACUAUCUGUGGGCCAAGAGAUGCAAGUUUGA